GCAGGACAAGAGGGAGGUAUACAAUUAACAUAAAAAUCAUGAUCGGGCCAUACAUGCAACCCUACACAAUUGACUAACACAUCCAUAAUAUUUCAUGUUUCUAUGACAAAAAUUUAUUUUCGAGACAACCAGCACUACAUGCCUCUGCAAUAAGCUACCACAAAAAUGAAACCUUCUUUUCUUCUCCUGCUCAUUCUCUGCACAUCACCAUUUCCACCACACAUCUCUGCUCUUUCUUCCAGCUCUCCCUCCACUUCCCCGCCAAAAAUCACCCCCUUACAAUCCAACAACGACACCGUCUACAAAAUAUCCAAGCAGCUCUGCUGGAACUGCGUCGGGGAGGCGUUUCAAUUUUUAUUCGCGCACAAUAUAGUGAGAGCCGCCAAAUGGGAGUGGCCGCUCACCUGGGACAAUGAGCUAGAAAAGUACGCGAAAUGGUGGGCUGAUCAGCGACAAGGUGACUGCGAGUUGAGGCAUUCGUUCCCCGAAUACGAGUUCAAACUAGGCGAGAAUAUUUACUGGGGCAGCGGCUCCGACUGGAAGCCCUCGGACGCGGUGCGUGCCUGGGCCGAAGAAGAGAAGUACUAUGAGUACGCGACGAAUAGCUGCGCUGAGGGGCAGCAAUGCGGACACUACACGCAGAUUGUGUGGAAAACAACGCGGAGAGUUGGGUGUGCUCGAGUUGUUUGCGACAGCGGAGAUGUGUUUAUGACGUGUAACUAUGAUCCCGUUGGUAAUUAUGUUGGAGUGCGGCCUUAUUAAAAACAAACAAACAUACACAGUAUAUCCCGCUUAGAGAGGCGUUACUGGUUCAUCUUAAUCUACUAUUGUACGGACUACUAAUAUAAAUCGUAUAAUGGACUACUUGGCUACAGAAAGACUUGCUGCACAUUUGAUGUUGGGCAUAUGGAAUGAAUGUUUGUUAGAUUUUAAUAGCUCGAGUCAUUGAUGGUGUACUAGCCAUGACAAGUUGAAGGACUCUGUUGCUUCAGACUUCUAUUAUUUGGGCGUGUUUUCUUUGAGCAGAGUUUUUUACGCGUGCGUUCGUGUACUUGAGUCUUCUUCCUUUUUUUUAAUGAAGUUACAAAAUUUUAACUUCGGUA